CAACAUUUAAGAAAGGUACUGUUCAUGGAUAGGACAGGUUUGGAGGGAUAUGGACCAGGUGGGACUAGUGUAGAUGGGACAUGUUGGCUGGUGUUGGGCAAGGUGGGACGAAGGGUCUAUUUCCACUCUGUAAGAUUCUAUGACUCUAGGAGUUGCUCCAAGAUUGUUUUAUAAUAGGCUUCCGUUCACAAGACUAUCUCCCCCUAGGGCACAGACACAACGAUGCUGAACAAACUGAACUCUCAGCACAAGCUCAAUGCUUACUACAUCCCACCAAAGAACAACUAUGAGACCCAGUUUGGCAUCAGCCAUUUUGCUGGAAUUGUCUACUAUGAGACGAAAGGUUUUCUGGAGAAGAACCGCGACACUCUUCACGGAGACAUCAUCCAACUGGUCCACUCCUCCAAGAAUAAGUUCAUCAAACAGAUCUUCCAGGCCGAUGUUGCCAUGGGCGCGGAGACCAGGAAACGCUCGCCGACGCUGAGCAGCCAGUUCAAACGCUCGCUGGAGCUGCUGAUGAGAACUCUCGGUGUCUGCCAGCCCUUCUUUGUCCGUUGCAUCAAGCCCAAUGAGUACAAGAAAUCCAUGCUGUUUGACCGGGAGUUGUGUGUGCGGCAGCUGAGGUACUCUGGCAUGAUGGAGACCAUUCGUAUCCGCAGGGCGGGCUAUCCCAUCCGCUACACCUUUGUGGAGUUUGUCGACCGGUACCGGGUCUUGAUGCCUGGGGUCAAACCGGCUUAUAAACAGGGAGACCUGCGCGGGACGUGCCAGCGAAUAGCAGAAGCCUUCCUAGGCCGGGUUGAUGACUGGCAGAUUGGGAAGACAAAGAUUUUCUUGAAGGACCACCACGACAUGAUGCUGGAGGUGGAAAGGGACAAGGCCAUCACUGACAAGGUGAUCCUCAUCCAGAAGGUGGUGCGGGGAUUUAAAGACAGGUCAAACUUUGUGAAGAUGAGGAAAUCUGUGAUGUUAAUUCAACGUUACUGGCGUGGCUACCGAUGCAGGAAGAGAUUCAGUGCGAUGCGACUGGGGUUCUGCAGGCUGCAGGCCCUGCACCGCUCCCGCAAACUCUUCACCCAGUACCACUUUGCCCGCAAGAGGAUCAUCCUGUUCCAGGCCCGUUGCCGUGGUUACCUGGUGCGCCAGGCCUUCCGUCACCGCCUCUGGGCCGUCAUCACCAUCCAGGCCAGCGUCCGCGCCAUGAUCGCACGCAGGCUCUACAAGCGGCUGAAAGGGGAGUACCACCGGCGGCUGGAGGCAGAGAAGAUGCGUCUGGCCGAGGAGAUGAGGCUCAGCAAGGAGAUGAGCAGUAAGAAGGCAAAGGAGCAGGCCGAACGCACACACCAGGAGCGCUUGGCCCAGCUGGCACGGGAAGAUGCAGCCAGGGAGAUCGGGGAACGCAAGGAAGCACGUCGGAAGAAGGAAAUGCUCCAGCAGUUGGAGAAAGCUCGCAAUGAGCCGGUGAACGACUCGGAGAUGGUGGACAAGAUGUUUGGCUUCCUGGGCGUCCCCUCUGUGGUGCCCGGACAUGAGGGCCAGCCACCCGCUGGGUUUGAGGAUCUGGAGAGGUCACCACGGCCCAUGGAUGAAGAGGAUUUGGACGCCAGCCUUCCGUUACCGGAGGAAGAGGAGGAAGAUCUCUCCGAGUACAAAUUUGCCAAAUUUGCCGCCACCUAUUUCCAGGGCACCACCACCCACACCUACAUCCGGCGGCCCCUCAAGGUGCCCUUGCUCUUCCACGAUGAUGAGGGCGACCAGCUGGCAUCGUUGGCGGUGUGGAUCACCAUCUUGCGCUUCAUGGGCGAUCUGCCGGAGCCCAAGUACCACACGGCCAUCAGUGACGGCAGCGAGAAGAUCCCGGUCAUGACCAAGAUCUACGAGACCCUGGGGAAGAAGACCUACAAACGGGAGCUCCAGGCUCUACAAGGCGACGCAGAGAGCGUGCAGGCCGAUAAGAAGAACACUGUGCGGCACAAGUUGGUCUCACUGACUCUGAAGAAGAAGUCCAAGCUGACGGAAGAGGUGGCAAAGAGACUGAAUGAUGGGGAUUACAGUCUACGGGGGAACAGUAUGCUGGAAGACAGACCCACCUCCAACCUGGAGAAGCUUCACUUCGUCAUUGGGAAUGGGAUCCUACGCCCGGAACUCAGGGACGAGAUCUACUGCCAGAUCUGCAAGCAACUGAGCCAGAAUCCAUCCAAGACCAGCCACGCCCGCGGUUGGAUCCUCGUCAGUCUGUGCGUCGGCUGCUUCGCCCCGUCCGAAAAGUUUGUGAAGUAUCUGAGGAACUUCAUCAACGGUGGUCCCCCCGGCUAUGCCCCCUACUGUGAGGAGAGGAUGAGGAGGACGUUUGCUAACGGCACCCGGACACAACCGCCCAGCUGGCUGGAGCUGCAGGCCACCAAGUCGAAGAAGCCCAUCAUGUUGCCCAUCACCUUCAUGGACGGGACAACCAAGACCCUCCUGACCGACUCUGCCACAACGGCCAAGGAGCUCUGCAACUCUCUGGCGGACAAGAUCGGCCUGAAGGAUCGCUUUGGAUUUUCCCUGUACAUUGCGCUGUUUGACAAGGUGUCCUCGUUGGGCAGCGGCAAUGACUACGUAAUGGAUGCGGUCUCCCAGUGUGAGCAGUACGCCAAGGAACAGGGGGCGCAGGAGAGGAACGCACCCUGGCGCCUGUUCUACCGCAAGGAGAUCUUCACCCCCUGGCACAACCCCAGCGAGGACCUGGUGGCCACCAACCUCAUCUAUCAGCAGACCGUCAGGGGCGUCAAGUUUGGGGAAUACAGGUGUGACAAGGAGGAAGACCUUGCUGAACUAGCCUCCCAGCAGUAUUACGUGGACUACGGUUCUGAGAUCGUUCUGGAGCGGCUGAUGAGCCUGAUUCCUUCUUACAUUCCCGACCGAGAAGUCAACUCGUCCAAAACUAUUGAGAAGUGGGCACAGUACAUCGUAGCGGCUCACAAAAAGGGGGUUUAUACUCAGAAGAGAAUGGACCCUCAGAAGGUGAAGGAGGAGGUUGUGGACUUUGCUCGUUUCAAAUGGCCGUUGCUGUUCUCCCGAUUCUACGAGGCCUUCAAGUUCUCAGGACCAAGCCUGCCCAAAAACGACGUGAUUGUUGCAGUCAACUGGACUGGUGUUUACUUCGUCGACGAACAGGAGCAAGUCCUUCUGGAACUUUCCUUCCCCGAAAUCACGGCUGUGACCAGCAGCAGGGGCGGUAAGAUGCAAGGCCAGAGCUUCACCCUGGCCACCAUUAAAGGUGACGAAUACACCUUCACCUCCAACAAUGCAGAGGACAUCCGCGACCUUGUGGUCACCUUCCUCGAGGGCCUGAGGAUGAGGUCAAAGUUCGUUGUGGCUCUGCAGGAUAACCCGAACCCCGUGGGAGAUGACCUGACCUUCCUGACCUUCCUGAAGGGAGACCUGAUAGUCCUGGACCAGGACACAGGAGAGCAAGUGAUGAGCUGCGGCUGGGCUCAUGGGGUGAACGAGAGGACCAAGCAGAAGGGCGACUUCCCCACCGAAUGCGUCUACGUUAUGCCCACGGUGACCAAGCCCGCGGCCGAGAUCGUGUGCCUGGUUACCAUGACGCCAGACCAGAGACAAGAAGCCAUCAAGACAUCACAGCUGACGGUGGGGGAAGUGGAGGAGAAGGCCAAACUCUACACCUUGGAGGAGUUCUCCUAUGACUACUUCAGGCCUCCUCCUAAACACACGCUCAGCCGAGUGAUGAUCACCAAGAGUCGGGGCAAAGACAAGCUGUGGUCCUGUACACGUGAACCCCUCAAACAGCCGCUCCUCAAGAAGCUGCAGGGCAACGAGGAACUCUCACAGGAAUCAUGCCUGGGAUUUGUGGGUAUCAUGAAGUACAUGGGCGACCACCCAUCCAAACGCACGCGCUCCGUCAACGAGCUGACCGACCAGAUCUUCGAAGCUGCAUUGAAGGGGGAGCUGAUGAAGGAUGAGAUUUAUUGCCACAUCCUGAAGCAGCUGACGGAUAACCAUGUGAAGUACAGUGAGGAGCGAGGCUGGGAGCUGCUCUGGUUGUGCACUGGCCUCUUCCCUCCCAGUAACAUCCUGCUGCCUCACGUACAGAGGUUUCUACAGUCUCGCAAAGGCCACCUGCUCGCCCCCGACUGCAUGCACCGACUGCAGAAGGCACUGCGAAAUGGCUCCCGCAAGUACCCGCCCCACCUAGUGGAAGUAGAGGCCAUCCAGCACAAAACCACCCAGAUAUACCACAAGGUCUACUUCCCUGACGACACUGAUGAGGCAUUUGAAGUGGAAUCGAGCACAAAGGCUAAGGAUUUCUGCCAACGUAUCUCCGCCCGGCUCCUCCUGAAAUCCGCCGACGGCUUCAGUCUGUUCGUGAAGAUCUCCGACAAGGUGAUCAGCGUUCCCGAAGGGGAUUUCUUCUUUGACUUUGUGCGCCAUCUCACCGACUGGAUCAAGAAGGCCCGGCCGGUCAAAGAUGGUGUUGUUCCUUCGCUGACCUACCAGGUGUUCUUCAUGAAGAAGCUGUGGACACACACCGUUCCUGGCAAGGACCAGAUGGCCGACUCCAUCUUUCAUUACUACCAGGAGCUGCCCAAGUAUUUGCGGGGUUACCACAAGUGUUCCCGGGACGAGGUGCUGCAGUUGGCCGCGCUCAUUUACCAGGUGAAGUUCGAGGAUGACAAGUCCCAGUUCCCCAACAUUCCCAAGAUGCUGAAGGAGUUGGUGCCUCAGGACGUGGUGCGGCAGCUCUCCCCAGAUGACUGGAAACGGUCCAUCGUGGCUUUCUACAAUAAACAAGCUGGGAAGUCCAGAGAAGAGGCCAAGCUGCUAUUCCUGAAGUUGAUCUACAGGUGGCCUACCUUUGGAUCGGCUUUCUUUGAAGUAAAGCAAACCACCGAGCCAAACUACCCUGAGAUCCUUCUCAUUGUGAUCAAUAUGCAUGGAAUGAGCCUCAUCGACCCAAAGACCAAGGAUAUUCUCACCACCCAUCCGUUCACCAAGAUAUCAAACUGGAGCAGUGGCAACACCUACUUCCACAUCACCAUCGGCAACCUGGUGCGGGGCAGCAAGCUGCUGUGUGAGACUUCCCUGGGCUACAAAAUGGACGACCUGUUGACCUCCUACAUCAGCCAGAUGUUGACAUCCAUGAACAAGGACCGCAGUACAAAGGCUGGCAAAUGAACCUCUUGCGACUACUGGCUCUGGGCCUGUCGGCUCAUCCAGAUGUUGAGGCCCGCGGGUAAUCCUUGCAGCUGGAAUAAGACCUUCUCCACCCAGAUCUGGAGCAUGAGGAGAAGUCCUCCAGCGAGCUCCUCGAGCAGUGACUCCCACUCUUCCUCCAGCGAAGAUGACUAUUUGUAGUGUUUGUGUGUGUGUGUGUGUGUAUGUGUGUAUCUGUGUGUGUGUGUGU